AUGGAAUUAUGUUUUUAUAAUUCAAAAAAUGGAUACUUGGAAGCUUUUUUAAGAGGGUUGCGUGGUAGUUUUUUAACCCCAGAUGAAUAUAAGAAAUUAACCGAAGUUGAUACUCUUGAUGAUUUUAAAUCGGUUUUAGAAGACACAGAUUAUGGAUCAUUUAUGAUGGAUGAGCCUUCCCCAAUUGCUGUUACAACUAUAGCACAAAAAUGUAAAGAAAAAAUGGCACAUGAGUUUAAUUAUAUAAGAGCCCAAGCUGAAGAGCCGUUAAGAACAUUCCUAGAUUAUAUUGCAAAAGAAAAAAUGAUAGAUAAUGUUAUAAGUUUAAUACAAGGGACAUUAAAUAAAAAACCUCCUGAAGAGUUAUUGUCACGUGUUGACCCAUUGGGAUCUUUUCCACAAAUGAAAGCUAUCACUUCGAUGGAUGUUCAAAACUCUCAUGAUGAUGUUUUAAAAAUUUUAUUGAUUGAUACACCCAUAGGUAGCUAUUUUGAUAAAUAUAUAUCAGCCAAUUCGUCAAAUGAAAAAAACAAUAUGUCAACAAUACUUAAUGAAAUGGAUAUUGAAAUUUUAAGGAAUACAUUAAAAAAGGCAUGGUUAGAAGAUUUUUAUGAUUUUAUUAAAAAAUUAGGAGGUAAAACAGAAGAAGUUAUGGGACAUAUUUUAAAAAGUGUAGCAGAUUUUAGAGUGUUGUCUGUUACAUUAAACACAAUAAAUUCGAGUUUAAGUCUUGAAUUACAAAAAGAUAGAAAUGAUAUGUUUCCAUGUUUUGGGUAUUUAUAUCCUGAAGGAACAGAUAAAAUUAGAAAAUGCUGGAAUAAUGAAACUGUUCAAGCCGCUUUAGAAAAUUAUCCUGUAUAUUAUAACUUAUAUGAAGAAUGCAAACAAUUCUAUAUUAAAAAUGAGAAUGCUAUUGAAAAGAAAUUUGUCGAUCAUAAAAUAAAAUCUUUAGAAGAUUUGUUGUAUGUGAAACUUGUCAAAUUAUGUGAAACUGCUUUUGAUCAACAUUGCCAUUUUGGAAUAUUUUAUGCAUGGGUAAAAUUAAAAGAACAAGAAAUUAGAAAUAUCAUUUGGAUCUCAGAUAUGAUUUUAAUGAAUAGAAAAGAUUGCAUUGACAGCAUCAUUCCUAUAUUCGAGCCACAUAUAUAG